AUGGAGUUCAAUCUCGCGUCGUACUUCAACUCAUUUGACAUAGACAAAGAUUAUGAGAUAAAUGUACCGGAUAUAGCGUCUACAAUCGAAUCGCUCAUAGAGUCAUUGGCGAACAAUCCAGAGGUAAUCACGACCAAUGAGGAUUUACUUGAAGAACUUAUAGAAGUAACACAUGGCUUCAAAGAGCUACCUUCAAAACAGCAGCAGCAGUUGGCCUACCUAAUCGUUUCCUCAGUCAAUAUCAUAGCACAGCAGUACGCGCAGCUUUUAAAGGAAGAAGAUUUUCAUGAAUCUUUAGACCAAGUCAAGUCCACAAUGGAAAGAUAUGGUUACUUAAUGUUUGUUUUAUUGAAGCAGCUAGGCAAAGAAGAUUUUUCACAAAUUGGAGUAGCCAAAACAAAAAAUUCAGUGCCCAAAGAACUUAGAGCCAAAUGGGAGUCAAAUUGUACCGAGGUGGAGAACGGACUAGUUGCAGUUAAAACCAUAUUGAAUUUAGAAUUAAAUAAAAUAUUUGUGACGAGUCCAGAAAAAGAUGCCUUCAUUGAAUUAUUUUCAAGACCAAUCAUAAACUUUUUAGAAAGCCCGGAAAGAAUGAAAAUUGAAGGAUUGAAGUUAUUGAUAAUAGAGGAUUUAUGCAUUGCUGUAUCUGACCAUGGACAUGGAAAAAUUUUGAAACAUUCCUUAGUUCAAUGUCUAGCUUUUUACUCACAUCUUCCACAAUUUGUUGCUCAAUUUUUGAACAAACUUUCCGCAAAAUAUGAUCAUACACAAUUGACAGAAGAAAUUUUAAGAGAAAUUGCUCAAACCCGAUUUAAUGCGAAUGAUACAAAUGGACCAAAAGCAUUUGCCGAUUUUUUAGUCAAACUUUCAGAAUUAAGUCCGUUGCUAAUUUUAAGGCAAAUGACCAGUAUUUCACAGUUGUUAUCAAACACCAAUCAAUCAUUGAGAUGUGCAGUCAUAGAAUCGUGCGGUAACGUUGUGGUUAGCAUUAUUAAAAACAUGCAAAAAUCCAUGGAUGAUGAAGACGAUCUAACCAGGAACAACAAUCAACAACUUGACAAAUUAUUAGAUUUAUUGCAAGAAAGAUUUUUAGAUGGAAAUACAUUUGUCAGGUGUAAAGCAUAUCAGUCAUUUACUAAAAUUGCUGAAUUGAAAGUUAAGAUGAAUGCUAGAAGAAAAAAGAUAAUGAAAUUAGCCGUGAGGGCUUUGGAUGAUAAAAGUGGAUUUGUUAGAAGAAAUGCUAUUAAAUUGAUAGGUAAAUUGAUCAUGAAUCAUCAAUUUCAGGGUGUUCACGGUACUCAACUUAACUUAUCGUUUUGGAAGGAGAAAUUAGUUGAAGCAGAAGCAGACGUAGAACGGUAUUUACCAAAAGUCAGUUCUCAAUCGAAUGCAAAUGAAGAAGUCGACGAGAUACUAGAUCAUGAUGAAGUCCAAAUGGACAUUUCACUGGUUAGUCUCGGUAAAGAGAAAAACACAAACAACAGUAACGAUGAUAUUAAUAAUGAUAAUGACGACUACGAUAAUGAAAUUAAUGAAGAUAACGCUAACGACCCCAACCAAGAUGACAUUAACGAAAACAGUUUUCAAUCAAUUGUGGAUAAAUUACCUGAUAGGGCUGUUUUGGCAAGAGUUAAACUAAAACUUGAAUUUUAUAAAGAUGCUGUUGAAUUCAUUGAAUUAAUACAUAAUGGUGUGUCUGUUGUAUCAAAGUUAUUGUUUUCGAAAAACAAGAACGAAUCAAUUGACUCGAUGGACUUUUUGGUUUUAACAGAUGUUUAUGGAAUUGAAAACUCGCAAGAUGGAAUAAGAAAAAUGCUUCAUUUGGUGUGGAUUAAAGGUUCGUCAGAGGAAGGAAAAUCCGUUGCGUCACAUUUGAUUGACUGCUAUGUCACAUUAUUUUUAACUGCUCCGAGUGGUACCAACCUUGAAAAGGCUACUCAUGUUGCAAAGAACUUGAUUGAAUUAACAUAUGAUGCGUCAUUAGCCGAUUUAGCUUCCUUGGAAAAAUUGCUAGGUUUAAUAUAUGAGAAUAAAUUCAAGAAUAGUGAGGUGAUACAAGUAUUGUGGCAAGUUUAUAGUGCCCAAGUGGAUGAUGAAUCAAAAGUUCGAAAACAAAGGAGAGGAGCAAUUCAGGUACUAGCGAUGCUAGCAUUAGAAGAUCCGACAAUUAUGAAACAGGGGUUAUCAUCCUUAUUAAAUAUCGGUUUGGGAGAGAAAGGAAAAUCAGAUUAUGAAUUAUGUCGAUGCACAUGUAUAGCAUUAAAGCGUUUUCCCACCUUCAUUAGGGGCAAUGCUUCAGGAAAAACUGAGGAAGAAAUCAAAGCGGUAGGGAAGUUGGUCGAUACAUUGAAGUUAUACACUACCAACCCCGAAUGGUUUUCUGUUGCUGAGCAAGCUUUGAAUGCAAUAUUCAAAAUAUCUUCUGACCCAGCACUCGUUUGUUCAACUUUGAUUCAAGAGAAGUCUAAAAAGGUGUUUUUGAUGGAUGACGAGGAGCUGAAAAGUAUGUCAUUAUCUCAACUACUAUUCUUAGUUGGCCAUAUUGCAAUAAAGAGUAUAGUAUAUCUUGAAAAUCUUGAAGGUCAAUUUAAGAAGAAAAAGCUAGCCACAGAAGCAAAAGACACACAAGCAAAUGAAGAGGAUGGAGAAGAAAAUCCUGAUAAUGAAUUGGAAAUGAUUGGUGGAACGUCGGAAGAUGACUUUGCUGAUGCUAUAAUCCACGUUAAAGAACGAGAAUUUUUAUAUGGUGAGACAUCAAUUUUGAAAGGGUUUGGUCAAUUAGUAAGAAAUAUUUGUUCCAACUUAAAUCAAUACAACAACACAUUGUUGCAAAGACAAGCUACCUUGUGUUUAGUGAAAUUGAUGUGUAUUUCAUCCAUCUACUGUGAAGAGAAUUUACCAAUGCUUUUAAAAAUUAUGGAAGAGUCGAAAGAUCCAAUUAUUAGAUGUAACUGUGUCUUGGGUUUGGGUGAUUUAGCGGUCAGUUUCAAUAGAUUGAUUGAUGAAAAUACGGAUAAUAUAUAUCGUCGUUUGAGUGAUGAAGACUUAACAGUGCAGAAAACAUGUUUAAUGACAGUAACAUUUUUAAUCUUAGCAGGGCAAGUGAAAGUGAAAGGACAGUUAUCAUCCAUGGCCAAAUGUUUGGAACAUUCAGAUCAAAGUAUUAGUGAUAUGUGUAAAUUAUUUUUUGCUGAGUUGGCAACGAAAGAUAAUGCGAUUUACAACAGUUUUAUUGAUAUUUUCAGCGGCUUGUCAUUUGACGAAAAUUUAGAGCAAGAAGAAUUCAAACGAAUUAUGAAAUUUUUGGUUGGAUUUGUUGAGAAAGAACGUCAUCAAAAACAAUUGAGUGAAAAGUUAUUGGCAAGAUUAUCUAAAGUGAAGAAUGAAAAAGAAUGGAAGGAUGUUGCUUUUGUUUUGGAAAAUAUUGGUAAUAAUAAAAAUAAUGAGACUAUAACUGAAACUUUAAAAGAAGGAUAUCAAAUAGUUGAAGCUAAGUAG